GUUUGGUUAUGGCUUUUGAUGAACGGAUGGUGCCUCUGAGAUUGAAAUUGGAGAAAGAUUUCAGGAUUUUUUCAUGUUCCUGUCUUUCUGUUAUGCCCCGAGGGGAAAAAACAUUGAAAGUGCCGUUAAUUUUUUGCAUGGCGAGCUGCUGAAUAUUAACCAGUCUCACACCUUUGCCAUCACCUUGCCCUCGUGAAGGCAGAUAUGGAUAAAGUUUUCAAAGCUGAUAGAAAAUUGAAAGGACUUGCAUCCUGUGACGAUGAUCUCGUCAAACAAGGAGCUGAACCCACAGAUUUAUGUGAUCAACGAAGCCUGAGCCUUUUGCUUCACAAUGCAGUCCAGAUCCCUCGGCAGCUGGGUGAGGUAGCUUCGUUCGGAGGCAGCAACAUUGAACCAAGUGUCCACAGUUGCGUCCAACAUGUACCACAGCCUCAAACACUUCAAUUAUGACAUCUGCCAAGGCUGUUUCUUGUCAGGACGCACAUCAAAGGGACACAAGUUACAUUACC